AUGUCAGUGUUUACAUAUGUGAUGUUCAUUUAUAUUUAUUCUUGCCUCAAGAUGAAAGUACAAGGGUUUUUUCUAGCGUCAAGCUUUUAACCUUAGCUUAUGCAGGUUGAUCAGAUUUGGAAUACUUGGCAUACUUUUGUACAUUUUAGUAGGUAACCACUAACCACGUGUUGUGGCUAUAAAUUACAUUUAUUCAUUUGGCAGAUGCUUUGAUCCAAAGCGACUUACAAGUAUUGGAGCAUAUAAACAUUUUGUCAACAUUUGUUAAUUCAAUGUUUUUGAAUUGACAUUCAUAAAAGGCUAAACCAUUACAAAAAUGAAACUUCAAGAUUUAAAACGCUUUUUAUAGACUGUUUCAUCGGACGCGUGCAUCUGGCCCGAAGUUAACUUCCGGUCUGUGUUUGGUUAUAAAAUGGCAACAUAUUUUUUGUUUAAUUUAUAUUCAUAUUUAUUACCAAAGUUUUACUACAAAUAUCAUGGCUAAACUAUGGAAUAGUGUGAAUAUCGUAAAUUUGUGGUUUUAAGUUCUCUAAAUUCUUUUAAACAGAAUUUCGCAAGGGUUGGCGGCUUGGCGCCAAAAUGUUCACACAGUUCUAAGACGUGGACUGGCGAAAGUGGAGAGAGUGCAGCGCGAGCCUACGGGUGCAAAGUUCUGCCGUUAGAACUAUGGGCGGAGCCUGCAGCUGUCACUCAUUCACCACAGUUACAAACAUCGCAUUGCAAAUUAUAAAAGUAUAUAAUGGCAGAAUCCGGUGAACCUGCACUUUUCAGUAAAGUCACUGUUUAUUCUCUCCUCGCGUGUGUGGGGCAGUUUGCCGUCGGAUACGUUUUUGCGCAAAAGUGGGGGAACAAACGUUCGACUGCUGAUAGAUGGGUCCUCGUGUGGCUGUUUUACGACGCAAUAGUUCAUUUUACUCUGGAGGGACCCUUCGUGUACAUGUCACUGGUUGGAAAUGUGGCAACUUCCGACAACCUAUUUGCAGAGCUGUGGAAAGAAUAUGGAAAGGCGGAUGAACGCUGGUUAUACUCGGACCCAACGAUAGUAUCUCUAGAGCUUCUGACGGUGGUUUUGGUUGGCGUUUUGGCCCUGCUUCUGAUCUACGCCAUCAUCAAAGACAAACACUACAGGCACUUCAUUCAGAUCACUCUGUGUGUGUGCGAGUUGUAUGGGGGAUGGAUGACCUUCUGUCCAGACUGGCUAAUCGGAAGCCCCAACCUGAACACCAACAACUGGCUGUACUUGUGGGUCUACCUGGUGUUCUUCAACGGGAUCUGGGUGGUGGUGCCUGCACUCCUUCUCUGGCAAUCAUGGAGGGCUUUAGCGGAUUUAAAAAGGACUCCAUCAGUAUCCAAACAAGAAUAGAUAGACUCCAAUAUAAAAUACACCAAAUCAUUGUUGCAGUAAUAUUAAGCUAUUCAGAGGGAAACGGAUUAGACUGCAGUUAAUGCAUUACGCAUUUAUUGCGUUCGCAGAAGGCAGUUAGGCGCGGGUUUGCAUAACUGGUGGUGAAGACAAAUUGGAAACAAUGGAAGCACACACUGAACUUUUGAUUCAUAGCCUCUUAGU